AUGACUGUCUAUUUAGGAUCAGCAGUGGCUGACCAGAAAGAUUCGGGCAAGGCAAAAUCUCGUGAUUCGGGCCAUCAACAACAAAAGGAAAAGUACCUCAACCAUGGCCGAGUCUCCGGAUUUAACAAUGAACUGCUCUACCGAUCAUCUACAAUCGAUUCUCUCCAUGAUCCUGAAGACGAUUGGACUCCUUCUACCUUUCGUUUUUCUCGUGAUGGUUCAGGCAAAAGACCCAAAGAUUUAUCUUCAUCUUUGUCUUCAAAAAAUAAUGAAAUUUACAAAUACAUGGAUGCAGAGGAUCUCAAAACUUAUAAUAAAAGAAUUCAGCUAAUUCCUAUCACUCAAACUCGUCGUGGCCAGAGUCUUGGAGGUUAUGUUUUAAGUGGUAGUGGUGACAGUGUAACAUCUUUGUCAACUAGCACACUAACAGCCCCUGAAUCUGCACGGUUGGAAUGGUCACUGGCCGCACAAAUUGAAAACAGGCAAGCUUCUUCUUCGAUCGGGAAAAAAAAAGAAGAAAAUAAAGAAGGGGCUAAUGGAACUAACACAGUGUCGGAUCCUGGAACGUUGUUUUUGUUUGGUCAUCUACGCGCCGAGGCAGACAAAAGAGGCGUUGAUUCAGGUGCCACGCUGGCCAUGGCUACUACUUCUUCUUCAGUUAUUAAAAGUAAUCCAAGCACUGACACUGGUUAUGCUCCUACCCGACCAUCAAAACCUCCCACAAAACCAAUAAGGAAACCAUUGUCCAUUAACAAUGACUAUGAACAAGAAGAAUCUGUUCUACCGACAUUUAAGAAAACAAAGAAACGGCGCGUUAAUAUGAAGCUUGCAGUAUCGGCUGCCUCAACCAAUGAUUAUUACGAAAAUGAAGACGAGGCUGGCCCAAGCUUGUUACCAAAGAAGAGUAACAUCAAACAUCAACAAAAAAAUAACUCCUCCAUUGUUCAGUCUCGCAUUAAACCUGCAGAGAAUGCAGAAGGUUCCAAGUUGGUCGUGCCACAGUUUGUCAAAGUCAAGCAUCUGGUUCACGAAAAUCAAAGUAGUGGCAGUGAAAGCCCUCAACCUAUUGUUUACGGUUGUUUUGUACGGGAUGACGAUUUGUCGUCUUUUAGAGAUAUCAAUAUUUGGUCUUUGUCAUCAUUACAGAGAACCUAUCAAUAUGUCCCUAAAUAUUUGGCUACAGAAGAGACUGUACCUCCAAUGGUACCCGCGGGGGGGUCUUUUGAGCUUACUAGUUCGGCAAUUGGUGGAUGCUCUUCAUCUAGUGUAAAAAAUGAGAAAAGUGAUGGAGAUCAAUCUCUUACUAUUAUUAAUAAAAUGACAGAAGAAGAAAGGCCAGAAAAAAGAAGGCCUAAAAGGGCGUCAAGGUGGGACGUCAAACCUCCAGUUUUUAACUGUGGGCCAGGUCUCGAGGAUAAAAGUGCUACAACUAAUACUGUAGCAAAGGUUAACGCAGAUAAGCUUAGUGGUAGCCAAGAGAAGAAUCUGCAAUCGUCCUCAUUGCAGUUUCAGCAGGCUGAAAUAUUACAACACCAACAACACCAACAACCUUUAAAAGUUCUCUCGGUAUUCCCGCCGCACUACAAUGCUAACUCACAAAACCAACAAAACCUAAUGCAUCAGAGCCAGCCGCGCCCCACUGUCCCCAGGAUUUCAAUGGCUGGAGCAAUGGCCGCCCUCCAAAAUAGCUUUAAUGCUCAAAGCGUUACUACCCUAUAUGAUGAAGAUACUCAUGGUGCCCAGAGUAAUUUUAACAAACGUGAAGAAAAAGAUAUUUAUGAUGGAAAAGCUAAAGAGUACCGAUAUGAAAUGUUUUUAAAACAUAACGCAGGAUUGGCCAAUUAUUAUGCAGACCCUUAUGUUGAUGUAAUGCUCAGGGGAUGGUCCGAAACUCAAAUUGCAGCCGAACUUAAUGCGUUUGUCCAACAAGCAACUGGUCAAUCCUCUUCUUCUUCUUCAAACACCGACUCUAAACGUGCAAUUGUGUUUACAGCAGCAGCUUCUGCAACAGGAGCUAUUAAAGAGGAAAAUGACCGCGACCAAGCUCAGGAAAUAAUUCCGGAACAAACAACCCGCAGCGUCUCAACUUGGGCCCCAGACCCGCUACUUUGUAAACGGUUUGGUGUGGCUGUCCCGCACUCGGAUAAUGAAUCAUUUCACACUUCAAGGGAUACUGAUUCCGGGACCAGGUACAAACACGCGGCCUCAAGAAACGGGCGCAAAAAUAAGUAUCAGGAAGAAGAGAAAGAAAAAGAAGAACGUAGCAACGGAAAUAACAGUCGGAAUCGUAGGGGACAAUCCACAGCACGCGAAAUGUUGGUAUCCCAACCGCCAGCAAACAAAAAAGGAACAGUAGGCGCGUCAGGGACGGUGCUUAUUGAUUUGUAUCACAAUGCACGGUUGAGCGUGCCACGGGCGGCUCGCUGGCUCUAUGCUGCCAUUUUUAAUCCGCUUAACUUGUAA